AUGGCGCCAUCAGCCGAACUUGCGGCGCGCGAAGCCCUCAAGGCUCGUGCCAUUCCCUCGAUGGUCUUCAGCGACGGAAGCGUCAGCUCGAUGACACCACCACCGAAAGUCGAGAACAACACCGAUCCGACAGUGGCAGCUAAGACAAGAUUCUCCGUCAAGGGAAAUGCAGUCGUCACUGGAGGGGCUGGGACGCUUGGGCUUGCGUCUUGCGAAGCGCUGCUUGACCAUGGCCUUGAAGGUCUCAUGAUAUUCGACACGAACCUGAAAGGCUGUCAAGAGGACAUGUUGCGGCUGCGCAGCAGGUUUCCUCAAGCCAAAAUUAGCGCAAUAGCCGUCAAUGUCACAGAUGAGGAGGCCGUCAACCAGGCCAUGGAGAAGACCGUAGAGGAGCUUGGCUCGGUCGAUCACGUUGUGUGCUUUGUUGGAGUGGUUGGAUGCAUCGAAACGAUUGACAUGCCAGUGUCGCAGUGGAGAAGAAUCAUCGACAUCAACACUACGGGCUGCUUCAUAUGCGCACAAGCGGGGGCGCGACAAAUGGUAAAGAAUGGCAAGCGCGGCUCCUCGAUCACGUUUGUAGCCUCCAUCUCAGCCCACCGUGUCAACUUUCCUCAACCUCAGGCCGCAUACAAUGUCAGCAAGGCAGCACUUCUUAUGCUUAAAAGCUGUCUGGCCGCGGAAUGGGCCAGAUACGGCAUCCGAACCAACAGCGUUAGCCCGGGCUACAUGGACACAAUCCUCAACGAAGGAGAUGGGAUUGCGCAACAUCGUCAAGUGUGGGCAGAGAGGAACCCGAUCGGAAGGAUGGGGUCGCCGUCGGAGCUAACGGGUACCAUUGUACUACUGGCAAGCGAUGCAGGCUCAUACAUCAAUGGGACGGACAUUGUCGUGGACGGCGGCGGUAUCGUAUUGUAG